AUGUUAAUAAAACAUUUAAUGCGUCUCAUAUUAUUUAAUCUCUUGAAAUCGAAAUUAUCAUAUCUUAUGAUAUUUCAUUGUUGGAGUCAAGAAACAUUAUUUUUGGGAAAUGAUUUUUAUAAUUUAUCAUCGUCGCCAAACAUUUAUGGGCAAUUUGUGGAUAUAAGGACCGAUGAAAAUUUGCAUAAUAUCGCUAAUCGGUAUUUCUUGUUUAAAAGACCAAAAGUCGGUGUGUUUCUAGAUUUCAAUUGUGAUAACUCGAAGCGACUCAUUAAGAGGGUUAGUCAUCUAAAUUUAUUCAAUCAUUAUCAUCACUGGCUGAUAUACGAUGACAGCAAUGAAUUAAUGGCAUUUCAAAAUACUUUUCAACAUCUCAACCUCUCGGUGGACACAGAUGUAAAUUAUGUGAUAAAGAACAUUACGACAACGUUCGUAGAGCCCUCGUCUACAUCUUUCAUAGUCUAUGAUGUGUAUAAUAACGGCUUUCAGAUUGGUGGCAGCCUAAAUAUUACAGUUGACUAUGAAGUUGAAUGCAAUAGUUUGGUCUGUUUGAAGUGCAAAUACCUUAGCAAUUUGCAUAUGCGAUCAUUAUAUGGUAAUCGGGAAAGAUUGCCCGAUGCAAUGAUGCGAGUAGCUGUAGUAGUUACCCGUUUCGAUCUAAAGGCACCGCCUUCUGAAAUUAAUGCUUUCCUUUCAAGUCAAAGGGAUUUUUAUAUUGAUCCUUUAGUACGUUUCGGUUUUCAAGUGUUACUACUAUUGCAAGAUUCAUUGUACACCAAAUUUUCAUUGCAGUAUUUUGAUAAAUGGACUGAUGCAGAAUACACUGGCGGGGCAAUAGGCGCUUUAGUGAAUCAUACGGUCGAUUUGGUUUCAGCGCCAUUUGUAAUGACGCCAUUGCGUUUUCAAUUUAUAACACCGAUAGCUCCUACCGGCGACUUUAGAUCGGUGUGCAUGUUUCGUACACCGCGAAAUUCUGGCAUAAAAGGUGGUGUUUUCGUGGAGCCGUUUAGCACCAAAGUAUGGAUAUACUUUGGCGUUAUAUUAGCUUUGGCUGCUCUUCUUCUAUGGUUCACAUUUUUGGUUGAAUAUUAUAAAAUGGGAAAACAUUCAACUUUUAUACCAUCGUUUCUUACAACUUGUCUUAUAUCUAUUGGAUCAGCUUGCGCCCAGAGCAGUUAUCUAUUGCCCGGUUCAAUUGGUGGACGUUUUGUUUUCAUAACUUUAAUGUUGAUCAGUUUUAUAAUGCUAAACUAUUAUACUUCUGUGGUGGUAUCGAUACUAUUGGGCUCGCCGGUCAAAUCGAAUAUAAAAACCAUGAGCGAUUUGGCCGACUCUAACUUAGAUGUGGGCUUAGAGCCGCUGCCUUUUACUUACUCUUAUUUAAAUUCCUCAACUCUACCUGAAGUGAAGCGUUUUGUUAAACGUAAAGUUGUUCCAAAAAUUCAUACCAACAAUCUUUGGUUCUCCGCUCAGGAGGGCAUCAUGAGAAUGCGCAAUAGGCCGGGAUUUGUUUUCGUAUUUGAAGUUUCCACCGGCUACAAUUUAAUAGAGAGAACAUAUGAAGCCUCCGAGAUAUGUGAUCUGAACGAAGUUCUCUUUCGACCGGAUACACAGUUAGUCACACAUUUACAUCGUAACUCCAGUUACAGGGAAAUUGUUCGUUUAAAAAUUCUUCGCAUUAUUGAAACUGGCGUGCAUGCUAAGCAUCGUCGUCAGUGGGUUCGUACCCACUUAGAUUGCUUAACAAAUAAUUUGAUUGUUCAUGUCGGCCUAGAAUACACAGCUUCGUUGUUUAUUAUGUUGCUUGUCGGUUAUACUUUGGUUCUAUUAAUUUUCAUCACGGAAUUAUUAUGGAAUCGUUAUAACAUAAAAAUUACAAAUCUAUUUGUGAGGAAUUGA